AUGACGAGGACUCAUGCCAACAUUGUGAGUUCCAGUAAUGAGAGCAUUGAUGUCUUUGGAGAGGAGAGGAAGGAAGCAGAGUUUAUUGAGCUCCAACAAGGGAGGCUAUCAGUGGAGCAAUGUGUCGUUAAGUUUGCAGAGCUCUCCCACUACGCGCCACAUAUCAUUAAUAUGGAGAGGCGUAAGGCAAGCAAGUUUGAGAGGGGCCUUCGGUCAGAUAUAAGAGGGAGAGUUGUAUCUGCCAACCUCAAGAUGUUCUCCCCAUUAGUGGACCUUGCGAUGAAAAUUGAGAAGGACUGUGAGGAUUUCUGGCUGAGAAAGGAAGGGAAAGCAAGGUCCAUGCCAUCUGGGAAUGUUAAGAGGAAGACUCAGCCGCCUCUUGGAAGAGGUUCCGAAGGAAGGACCAAUCAGGGUAACCCAAAAAUUCAAAGGACCCUUCCAGGUGACGUGAGGGAUACCCGAGGCCUGGGCUUCUCCCACUGCGGAAUGCAUAACCACUCUACGGCUGAGUGCUACAAGAGGAUGAACACAUGUUUUGGCUGUGGCAAGUUUGGCUACUUAAUCGAGGGCUGUCCCAUGAAAGGGCUGGAGAACUGA